AUUUCUAUGGUCCAAACUGGAUCUACCACAUUCACCCUCAGCUUGAGCAUCUUCAACGUUUUCCGUAAUAUCCUCUUCAAAACGCUUUUUGAAGUUAUUGUUCAAGCAGCACUGACACAUCACAAACAGUACCGCUGGGGAUGCAAAAGCGACUGUGUUUUUGAUUGCGAGCCAAGUGGGAUCAAGAUGGUUUUCAUCGACUUUGGAAGUCGUUAAGCCAGUUGCAUUCAACAUUUCGUCUUCCAUUUCUGAAAGACAUUGGAAACCUGUUGUUGUCGGUAGACAGGAGUUUGGAUACACCUUGUAAUAACAGAACUUGUCGACUAACUGUUCCACAUAAAUGUUGAAUGUUGUCAAUGCACGCGCAUAUAGGUG